UCUUCCCCUUCAAAACCCCAAUAUUAAUUUCAUCUCUCUCUCUCUCUCAUCCUUCAUAUACUUCUCAUGGCCAAAGAAAACUCCACCAAUGAUUCCCUUUACCACGGCGGCGAUCCAUCGCCGGAGGAGAGUGGCUGGACCAUCUACUUUGAAGAUUUCCUCAACACCAACCACUCUUCUCAUCAACCACCCACCUCCUUCUCUUCUUCUCAUUUCUCUUUCGAUCAAAGCUACUCCGUCGCCGACGCCGCCUCCUCCGUCCCUGAUCAUAAACUACCAGUCGACAACGACGAAGCUGCCCUAGAUCCCGGGUUCGGCUACAAGGAUCAUAUCAACUUUUUCAAGAAGAGGAAGAUGAUCAAGGAGUUGUUUGUUGAAGAUGAAGCUUUGGAGGAUACUGCUAGCUCUCCUGUUAAUAGUCCCAAGGUUUGUGAUUCAACCUACUUCAGUAAGAACCAGAAGCACAAAGAGAAUUUGAGAACUCCUGAGGUGGAUGAGAGAAGAGAAAUGGGUAAUUUUGUUGGAAUGGGCAAUGACUACAGAGAAUUGAAGAAAAGAGGGCUUUGCUUAGUACCUUUGUCUAUGGUAGUUAAUUAUUUUGCUGAAUAAUUGUGCUCUCUCUCUCUCUCUUGUUUAUGUAAAUAUUCAUUUGAUGAAGGUUUGUGUAUAUAUGUAUAAAAUGUGUAUGAUAGAAAUUUAAGUUGGUGCAAUAUUAUUGUAAUCAAAUAAAGGCAUUAGAAGAGAGAAAGCAUAUGUAUAAAAUAAUAAUCUAAAUUUUAGCCUUUUUAAAUGGGGAGUAAACAAAUUAAAGAGAUUAAAUGA